UAAUGCACCACUCAAUUAUUACAAUCCCUCAACAUGGAAAUGGACGUCUAUACAAGACUUCUAUCUGUAGGCAUUAUGAAUAUGGAAAUUGUUCUAUCGGUACCAAAUGCUAGUUUGCUCAUGGUGUAGAUGAGUUAAGAAAUCCAGAUGGUAAUUUAUAGAUUUAUUCUAGAUCCAAUCCCAAUUCAUAUACCUACUCUCGAUAGCAAUAUAGUUAUCACAAAUUAUAAAAGUAAAUCCUGUUAAUAAUUCAAGCUGUGUUAUGUAAAUAUGAUUAAUAAGGGUUUUGUAAAAAUGGUACUGAUUGUCCAUAUGCUCAUGGGUAAAAUGACAAAAAAUAGGCUCGAAUAGCUCCUUUGCAUCUUAGAAAAGCAUUGGAUAAUAAAGAAAACAAUGAUGAUAAAGAUGUUGAAUUGUUUUUAUCAGAAUUAAUUACUCGACUCAUUAAUGAUGUAUCAUAUCAAUCUGACGAGGUUAUAUAUAAGUUAUUCUUAGUCAGCUUUAAGCUCAUUCAGGAAAAUUUAAUCAUUAAUUGAGGAAAAAAAUCAUAGAUCUGCAACAGAAGCACUUUGCCUAGUGCUCUCUUCUAAUCAAAGAUCAAAAUAAUAAUAAAUGGCUUACGAAUAAAUUUAUAAUAGCUUGGUUUAAUGAA